GGGGCGCGCUGUCCGGGGGUCGGGCCUCCCUCCCGGCGUGGGGCGGGGGCAGGCUGCGCCGGCGUCCGGCCCUGGCGCCUGCGGCUGCCGCCUUCCCGGCCCCGGGGGCCGCGCUGUGGCGGUUCCCAGCACCGAGCUGGGGUUGCUCCUGCGCCCUCACCCCGGGCCCGCGGCGUGGGGAGCGGGAGCCUGACCGGGGGGCCUGACGCACGCGGGGCUGCGGGGCGCAGGGCUCGGGCCCCUUAUCUGCCAGUCGCCAGUCGCCCCGGCUUGGCUCGGCGGGCGCGAUAGUGCUUAAUGGGUGCACUCCAUCACGUCGGGCUGAGUUAUUUCUCAACUUCCCGCCUCUGUCGUUGGCACCGAGGCCAAGGCCCGGGCCGAGCGCCUGGCCUGUAGUAAGCGCGCAGACAUCCGCUCCAUUCAUGACCUGCCCAGGCGAGGUGGCCAUUUCUCUGCCCUGGGAUCCCUUGGGAGCCCCCGUGCUCCUGCACUUCUUCCUGGCUCCCUCUCCGCCUUCUGUAGCGCCCGCUCACUUCAUAGCUGAGCUCCGAUGGCUUUUCUGCCUCCCUGCCUGGCUCCCCACCUGGCUUCCAAGCCUCUCCUCUAUGCCAGGCCCCUAGCUGGGUGCUGGUGCUGGGCACACAGUGGGCUCAGAGAGUGGGGGGAGGGGACACAGACCAGCAAACGGGUGGGUCAAUAGGAAGUGGCAAGCGCUCCAACAGCGUUCAAUCCGGGAGGGCUCCCCGGAGGAGGAGACCUUCAAGUUGGGCCUGGGGCCAUGCAAGUACAACUCAGCUGGGGCAUGGGUGUGCAGGGAGGGGGGCAUUGGGAGGAGAGGCUGGAGCUGAGCAGGCCUGGGUCUCCAUUCUGAGGCGCCCGGGCUAAGAUCCAGCCCGAGGUAACCCACCUGAGAACCACACUGACAGCUGCACAGGUCCUUCUCUGUCCAGUGUGCAGCCCAGGGCUCCUUCCCCUGGAGUGCAUUAGGGUUCUUCAUUCGCGCAUCCCAGCUUUGCCCACCUUUCUCCCCUCCAGGAGGGCCCUCUCCUUGCUUUCCACCUCGACUGCGCUCUCACCCUGCCUGCCUCUCAAGGCUCCUCCCUGCGCUCCUCCCGGCAGGAAUUUCCCCCCACCGCUGUCCAAGUCUCGCCCAUUUUCUCAAACCCCGGAGCUCUCCCCUGGCCUCCUCUCGGCUUCCUCAGUCAGGGUUCUGGGUAGAGCUCCAGGUGGACAGGACUCAGGCCCUGGCGGAUGCCACUCUGGAGGCUGAUUAACCUCUCAGCCUCAGUUUCCUCAACUGUGAGGUAGGACAUCAGUGCCCGCCUCCGUCGCUUCUGGGGAAUAGCAGAGAAAACAGCACUGGGGACAGUCACAGUGUCAGUCUUUCCAGAGCUCGUCCCCUCCUCCCUUCCUCCCCACCUCGCACACAGGAAGUGCCCUGAACUCUCGCCCGAUAAACGCAGAAACCACGCCCACAUCGGGAGCAGGGAGACGGUACUGAAGCCCAGACCAUAGUUCCUGGCAGCUCUUCCUGGGGGACAGGUGAGCCACUCGUGGGCGCGCAGGGCCCCUCCUCUCCGGCACCUUCCAGAUGGGCGACGGGAGGCCUGGGAGGCUGUGCCCUGGCUCUGAGCUGCCCUAGGUCUGCACACUGGCUGGGCGGGGGCCACAGACAUGGCCCAGACGCCAGCCUUUAUCUUCAACGUCCCUGAGACCCCAGAGGACCAGGGGAGCCAGGAGCCCAGCCCCUAUGAUGAGAGCGAAGUGCACCACUCCUUCCACCAGCUCAUUCAGGAGCAGAGCCAGUGGGCGGCUGAGGAGGGCCUGGAGCUACAGCAGAGGGUGCCGGAGGCUGACACCCUGGGGGCCUCAGGCAGUGGCCACCAGGCCUUCCUGGGGCCCGAGGGUGUCCCUGACUACAGCACGGCCACACUCCGCAUCUUGGCCAGCAUGCCCAGUCGCACCAUUGGCCGCAGCCGUGGUGCCAUCCUGUCCCAGUACUACAACCGCACGGUGAGGCUGCGGCGCAGGAGCAGCCGGCCCCAGCUCAGGGGCGUGGGGCGCUCGGCCCGGCCCAGCCUCCGCCUGUACGACCUGGAGCUGGACCCCAUGGCCUUCCAGGAGGAGGAGAAGCGGAUCCUCCUGGUGAAGGAGCUUCAGGGCCUGACCGUGGCCCAGCGGGACCACAUGCUCCGGGGCAUGCCUUUGAGCCUGGCCGAGAAACGCUCCCUGCGAGAGGACAGCUGGAUCCAGAAGGGGAAGCAGAGGGGCCCACAGGGCCGUCGUGGGCUCUUCUCCUGUUGCAGCCGGCUCCGCUACGCCUGUGUCCUGGCCUUGCACAACCUGGGGCUCGUGCUGCUCUCAGGGCUGCAGGCCCUGACGCCGUGGCGCUACGCCCUGAAGCAGAUCGGCGGCCAGUUCGGCUCUAGCGUGCUCUCCUACUUCCUCUUCCUCAAGACCCUGCUGGCCUUCAACGCCCUCCUGCUGCUGCCGUUGCUGGCCUUCAUUGUGGGCGUGCAGGCUGCCUUCCCGCCGGCCCCCUCGGGCUCCGUGCCCGCCUUCACAGGCCUGGAGCUCCUCACAGGCGGGGGCAGCUUCUCCCACACCGUCAUGUACUACGGCUACUACAGUAAUGCGACGCUGAACCAGCCGUGUUCCCCCCCACUGGAUGGCGGCCAGUGCACCCCUGAGGCAGGUGGCCUGCCCUACAACAUGCCCCUGGCUUACCUCUUCACCAUGGGCGUGGCCUUCUUUAUCACCUGCAUCACCCUGGUGUACAGCAUGUCUCACUCUUUUGGGGAGAGCUACCGGGUGGGCAGCACCUCGGGGGUCCAUGCCAUCACCGUUUUCUGCUCCUGGGACUACAAGGUGACUCAGAAGUGGCCCUCCCGCCUCCAGCAGGACAACAUCCGAACCCAGCUGAAGGAGCUGCUGGCCGAGUGGCAGCUGCAGCAGGGUCCCCAGAGCGUGUGGGGGCGGCUGCGGCAGGUGGCCGUGCUGGGGCUUGUGUGGCUUCUGUGCCUGGGGACCACGCUGGGCUGCACCAUGGCCGUCUACGCCUUCUCUGAGCUCAUGAUCAAGAGCCCAGUGUCUGCUGAGCGGGAGUGGGAGCUGCUAGCCCUGCCCCUGGUGGUCUGCCUCCUCAACCUGGGGGCCCCCUACCUGUACCGUUGCCUGGCUGCCCUGGAGCGGCACGACUCCCCGAUGCUGGAGGUAUACGUGGCCAUCUGCAGGAACCUCAUCCUAAAGAUGGUCAUCCUGGCGAUUCUUUGCUACCACUGGCUGGGCCGCAGGGUGGGCGCCCUGAAGGACCAGUGCUGGGAGAACUUCGUGGGUCAGGAGCUGUACCGGCUCAUGGUGAUGGACUUCAUCUUCAUGCUGCUGGACACGCUUUUCGGGGAGCUGGUGUGGAGGCUCAUCUCUGAGAGGAAGCUUAAGAGGAAGGGGAAGCCAGAGUUCGACAUUGCCCGGAAUGUUCUGGAGCUGAUUUACGGGCAGACCCUGACCUGGCUGGGGGUCCUGUUCGCGCCCCUCCUCCCUGCCAUGCAGAUCGUGAAGCUGCUGUUCCUCUUCUACGUUAAGAAGACGAGCCUGGUGGCCAACUGCCGGGCGCCCCGCAGGCCCUGGCUGGCUUCCCACAUGAGUACCGUCUUCAUCUCUCUGCUCUGCUUCCCCUCCUUCCUGGGCGCUGCCAUCUUCCUCUGCUACGCCAUCUGGCAGGUGAAGCCCUCGAGCAUCUGCGGCCCCUUCCGGACUCUGAACACCAUGUAUGAGGCGGGCAAGGUGUGGGUGCGCCACCUGGAGAAGGCAGGCCCCAAGGUCUCCUGGCUGCCCUGGAUCCACCGGUACCUGGUGGAGAACACCUUCCCCAUCUACCUGGUGUCUGCGGUGCUGCUGGCGGUGAUCUACCUCAACAUCCAGGUGGUGAAGGGCCAGCGGAAGGUCAUCUGCCUCCUCAGGGAGCAGAUCAGCAACGAGGGGGAAGACAAAAUCUUCUUAAUCAACAAGCUUCACUCUGUCUACGAGAGGAAGGAGAGGAGCAGGGUUGGCAGAGCCCACGAGGCCGAGACGCCCCCAACCCUGCUUGCAGAUGAGCAGGAUGCCCGGUAGGACAGCGACAGGCCUGGCAGCCGGGUGUCUGCUCAUAGCUUGGCCUGCACCCUGUGUCACCCUCCACCCCCACGGCCCUGCAGGCACAGAUGCGAGCCCAAGACCACACUGGCCCCCUCUGGGUGACCCCGCUGGGACACAGGGAGGGUGAUGGGACUGCAGCUCAUCUGAGGCUGGAGCUAGAGGUGGGCGAGUGGGGCUGGGGGACCCCAGUGGACCUUGCCCUGCCUGGACUCUAUUUAUUCUGAUUAAACAUGUUUUCCGAAAUGG